UGGCCUUGGUGGGUGCGAGCAUAGGCUGAGCUGUCUUCAGAGAUGGAAGGAGAGCACAGGAGGGUGGCAUGAGUGAAGACCUGAUAGCGACGCCCCAACAAACUGGCCACACCACGGCGCCUUAAAGCCAAGAUCAUGGCCGUGGUAUAAGAAAGAAAGAAAGAAACACGCCACUGCUAGGAAGCGAGCCUCUCUUGGUCUGACCACCAUUGAUCUCCAGCAUAGCUAGCUAAGCACCGGGCAGCAUGGGGAAGAUGUGCUGCAGCAGCGAGUCGGAGGAGGAGGCGGGCUUCAGCUUCCUGGGGCUCCUCGUCGCGGCCGUCAUCGCGUUGGUGUUCAUGCUCCUCUGCACCCCACCGAAGCGGCGAUCUGUCACCAUCUACCCAUGCUGCUGAGGCAGAGGCUGAGGAGUCCCCGCGGAUCGCUGGUUUGCUGGGAGAAAGCUUCUUUGUUCAUGGGAGGGAGCAGGCCAGGCAAUGGCUCCUGGUUUUCUCCGGUUCAGAAAUAAUUUCUACUGUACUACUGAAUUGUAGGACUCGUCGAAACUGUAAGCCAUGUUUUUUAUCGGUAUAGUAUUAGGCUGUCCAUCUCCAUCUGUGGCCUGAACUGAUACAUCUGGGGGAAUAGAUAUCAUCAAACUUGUUAUGUUGCUUUCA